AUGGCCAUGGAGAUCUUCUCCUGUGGAAGAAGAUCGUGGAGCUUGCAACUUGAAGACAGCUUGAAUGACGAGCUUUCCCUUGAUCAUUCGUUUGAGGAUUCGUAUGCUUUCCGGGGCUGGGGGCUGCCUUUGCAAUCUUGGAACACGUGCAAAACACGUGCUAUUGCGAUGGAGUAGACAUAAAGAGGCAGAACUUCGCCCCAGUUCCUCGACAAUCCACCAUCAAACGACACACUCCUUCAAGCAACGGUCAUAUCAACGCUCCUUCAAUCAACCAAAAUGUACGGUCUUUUCCAGAAAACCCUCCUCCUCGCCGCCUUCGGUAUGGCCACUGCUGCACCUCUCGCCAUGCCUCAGGGCGGAGUGCCAAAUUUCGCCGGAUCUCCAGGUGGUGGUACAGCUGGCGCUGCAUCGGGCUCGGGCUUGGGAACAUCGCAACUUGGAGGCGGACAGAGCACUGGUGGCGGACAGAGCACCGGCGGCAGCGGCGGUCCACUGGUUUCCGAGAUGGCAGGCGCCGCCAACAACGUUCCUGGUGCCAAUCAAGUUAUGAACGCAGCCCAGCAGGGAGCGAGUGCCGCUCAAAACAUGGCCAAUGAGGGCAUGGAAAUGCUUUCUGGGUUCGGCGGCGGCUCCUCCGGAGGCAACACUGGAUCCGGAGCUGGCAAUGCUGGUGGCGUUUCUGGACCUCCAUUGCAGGGCAAGUGA